GACGGCUACAUGGUCGCAGGAAGAUGACUUUGUUGUGUUGAUUUAUCUUGGCUAAAUUGGCGAGUUUACGGCACUUAUAAUAACCGAAACGCCUCCGUAAAGGUGCCUUUAGAUGCGAAUGGUGUGGCAUUCGCGGUCCAUAAUGGAGCGUUAAAACGGUGCUAGCCACUUUGUUUCGUGAAGAGUUACGAUGGAGCAGCCCGAGGAGGCUGUAAUGCGCCUAAAGCGACAAGUGGAGGACUCAAGUCUGAACACUGCUGACAGAGUCAACCUGCUGAAUGACACUUUAGAGAAGUUUCUCAAUGUGGCGUCGGACCAGAAGGACAGUAGUGCACUGACCAGAGUCAAGUCUCUUCUGUAUCAGAACGGUAUCCUGAGCCACUGUGUUACUCUCAUCACUUUGAAUCCCCGAAGACCACAAAGCAUCUGGAGAGCCGCGGUCACGCUGGCCUCACUCACAACCUCCUGUUGCGUGGGGGUGGAGCCUAGCGAAUCGUCAGAGACUUUUCAUCGGCUCUUCUUACCAUCAGUUGUGGAUGGCCUCCUGUCAUUAGCCAGUCAUCUUGCGCGGCGAGCAGAUUGUGUCUCUCCUUUCAGGAAGGUGAUGGACUCGGUCGGUUGCCUUCUACGAGCGCACGCGCAGCUCACCGCACAAGUUGUCAGUUCUUCCCACUAUGAACUCAUUCAGUGCUGUGACGAGGUCACCAUGUCACUGCUCUGUGUCCAGAUGUGGAUUAACAUAUGUACAGCAAACAGCGACUUCCUCUCCAGCUUAAACCACGACGCCGUCCUGCUGCUGCUCAACGAGGCCGUUGGCCAGUUAGCUGUGACCUCUGAUGCGGCAGUGGGCGGAGCAUCGGUCCGACUGAUCCUCCACAUGGCCCGUCAACUGCUGCUUCAGCCCUUCCUCUUCCACUUCAAAGGUUUGGACAGCCUGUUGGACAAAGACUGGCGAGGACGAGGCUUUGACCCGGAAGUAGAUCAGCUGAUUGCGCUUAUCCAAUCUCAGGAAAGCACCCCUUCCGGCGCCCGGGAAAGAGCGGCGUGUGUGAUUCAGGCAGCUUGGAAAUCGUAUCUGACCAGACGUCGAGUCAAGAGUCUUGGCGGAGUGGUUUCCAUGCUGCAGCGUCGCUUCAGGGCUCGCAGAAGACAACAGCAACAGCAGAGGGAUGCACAGCGGUGGCAAGAGGAGUUGAAUUAUCAGGUCCGUUUGCAGCGUCAGCAGGCAAGGACAAAGUUCCAUCAAAAACAGAGAGAACUGCUGCUGCUUCUACCUCCUGACCAGGUGCAGCCAUACCUGCUGGAAUGCGAGAUGCGUGCCGCCGUGUUGAUCCAGAGCGCCUGGCGAGGCUUUCGAGCCAGACGACGCGUCGCCUCGCUGCGACCUGCAUCGAGACUCGCGCGUGCUCAGCAGGAGGCCGCCAGGACACUGCAGAGAGCUGUCCGUCGCUUUCUCCAAGAACGUCGGGCGGCUAAAGUCUCGGCCUCGGCGCCUUGCUGGAUUGGCCAGAAGGGUUUGACGGAGAGCAAGAGGGCAGCCUUGAAGAGACGGGUGGACGAAUACGUCAGUCAGCAUCCUUCAAGCGGGGCGAGUCGACAGGCGUGCGAACAACUCCACGUCGACGUGCAGUGGCGGCUGCGGGUGCUGCUGCAACAGGCCGCGCGACAAACGAGGGAGGAGCAGAAAAUGGCCUCCCUGUUGGCUCGCGCUCACACUCAGAUGGACGUACUCAAAGAUGCCCCGCCCCUCUCCGCUGUCACGGCGACUGACAUCAAGUCCUUCCUGAGCCCUUGCGGUACCAUCGCCACUCGGGCCCGUGACGCCCACAUUGCCAGGCUGCAGGCCGACAGGCUACCCUGGUGGCGGACUCUGGGGGGGACCGCCGCCGAACUAGAAUCAAAGGUGGAAGUGGACAGCAGCUGAUCAAAUGUCACCAUUUGUAUUCUUUGUCCUUUUUGUGAACAUGCGAGAGAAGUGUGAAAAUCAUCCCAGUGCUCGGUAGAAACAAUGUUUUAACAACAAAAGUAUCGAUGCCCCUCCUCCCCCUUUUUGGUCUCAAAAAUGGUUUGCUCCACCCAAUCCCUCUCACGUCUUCGCGACUGAGCCACGGGCCAAGCAUCGGCGUGCUGGUUUUCAGUCACAAAGUCGUUUGAGUGAGUAGCCCUACCUUAUUUUAAACCGGUACACGUGGCAAAUUUCAACCUCUCAAUAACAUUCUCAUCAUUACCAGCCUUCAUUUUUGACGUAUUUCCCCACAGGUCACCACGUUUCAAUUGCUAGGUAGGAGUUGGCUUUCUAGCUCGGAAACAUAAACAGGUGGUCGCUACAGCCGUAACGGCCGCGAAGAUGAACGAGGCACGGGACGCACUUUCGUAGCUCACAUGUAUCGUUUAAAAAUAAUUCUCUCGGCCCUCCGGAUUCCCAUUCUUUGCCAGUACCCUCGGUGAAUUGUACAUUUAAGGCCGCGGGGUUAUUUUUUUUUUUGUGUUGCUUUUUUACAACAGACUCUUGAUUGACAUCCCGCCCUGCGAAUAGUAACCCGUGUCGCAGGCUAUGACGCAAAUAUUUGUUGACGAAAUGUUGACAUUUAAUAUUUAUUCGACACAUUUUAACAGCAUGGGAAAACGUUUAGAAUGUUUGUGUAAUGUUUGCCCUCUGACAUAAACCAUAUUAAAACAAAAAAUCUA